UAUUUAUGGCUGACCAGUAUAUCAAUAUUAUAUUGAUAUCAUGAUAUGAGACAAGAUAUGGACUUAGAUUUUGUUUAUAAUUGUAUGAUUUUUCUUUCUUUUUUUUGUGAAAGAUAAAAUAUUCAACCCUACAAUAUCAUCGCAAUAUUGAUAUUGACGUAUUUGGUCAAAAACAUUCUGAUAUUUGAUUUUGCUCAUAUCAUCCAGCCCUAAUAAUUUUUGCAUUUUAUUUUCGCAACAUUUAAAUGACACUUAUCGCCCCUUUUUACAUUAAAAAUGAUAUUCCUAUAUAAUAUGAUGCAGAACUAUAAUAAUAAUCUACCCAGUAGUAUACAAAGUAUUUAAAUUUGGCUCCACAUUAAGAAUUACAACAUUAACAUGAUUUACAUGUAUUGUACAUGUUUGCAUGUUGGUGAUAAAAAAAAAAAAGAAUGAUAUAAUAUUCUGGGCGGCACGGUGGUGUGGUGGUUAGCACUGUCGCCUCACAGCAAAAGGGUUGCCGAUUCGAUCCCGGGUGUGGGAGCCUUUCUGUGUGGAGUUUGCAUGUUCUCCCCGUGUCAGCGUGGGUUCUCUCCGGGCACUCCGGCUUCCUCCCACAGUCCAAAGACAUGCAGGUUAAUUGGUGACUCUAAAUUGUCCGUAGGUGUGAAUGUGAGUGUGAAUGGUUGUCUGUCUCUAUGUGUCAGCCCUGUGAUAGUCUGGUGACCCGAUGUCAGCUGGGAUAGGCUCCACCCCCCCCACAACCCUCAAGAGGAUGAAGCGGUUAGAAGAUGAAUGAAUGAAUGAAUGAAUUAAUAUAAUAUUCUAUAGUAAAAAAACACUGUGAAAGGAGCUAUUCAGCUUAAUGUGUACCUUAAAAUACAUUUUGCUGAUAAUACCUCUUUUUAUUUACACAAGUAUCAUUUUUGAACAGGACACUCUCAGUGUGGUAUUGUGUCUUUUAGUUGAGUGAGCACCGUUAUUUCUUACACCACUGUACAUAAGUUGCUGACUGCUGCACUGUAAUGUAUAAGGUAACAGUUGUCUGAAAGAUUUUUCCUUUCUGUAAAAUUAUAUUAUAAAAAAAGUAACGUAACUUUUCAGGUUAAGAUGCCUGCAAUGUGGCCACUAACUGCUAAUCAUAGAUGUAGGUUAUUAUUUAGAAUACAAUAUUACAUUUAAGUAAGAAUAAAUAAAUAAAUAAAUAGUAAUACAAAUAAUAAUAAAUACCAACUAGUCCAUAGCCAUUGGUAGCUUUGUCACCUUCUACCUAUGCCAGUCCUCAAUGCCUAUGUGCAGUUUCACAUAGAUUGACCACGUCAGUGAGUAGAAAAACGUGGGACAGACAGAAUGACUGACUGACAGAAUGACACACGGACAGUUUCCGUGAUUAUGUACAGCAUACCAUACCAUGACUUAGUCAUACCAAACAUUAGAAACAACACCAACAUUGGUCCACAGGGGGAGCCACAGCGAUCGGUCACAUUUUAGCCAUUUUGAAGCAUUUUUCUGUUGUUAUAGCGCCACCCAGUUGCCAAUUAGAGUUAAAUUUCUCCAGUCACCUUGAGGCGUCCUGUUCUACAUAUCUACCAAGUUUAGUAAAAAUCCAUAUGGCGGUUAGGCCUAGAUAAGAAAUGAGCUCUCUAGCGCCCCCAUUUUGUUUGAUGGGAUCAAUAAUGGAGGGGUCCCCUCAGAUUAUGUGUGGUCAUAUGCCUACAAAGUUGCGUGGUGAUGGGUGAAACCCUUGAGAUGUUCUACACCUUUAUGUGAUGAGCCACGCCCUCCGCAAUAUUCAUUGCCUUAUAGAAGCUCAGUUUUAGGAAGUUUUCCAACUUUUGCCAAGAGGGAACUUUAGAUAUUGCUCCCUAGAUUAUGUUCACCCAGUUUCAUGCAGAUCGCUCAAACUUCCUAGGAAGAGAUCCAUUUGAAGUGUUUUUCAAAAAAUUCAAAAUGGCGGAAAAUCUAUUUAAGCGGAAAUUAUGGGUUCUUGAGGCAAAUGUGUUCCUCAUGAGGAGAGGCAUCUCUGUGCAAAGUUUCAUGUCUCUACCACAUACGGGGCAUGAGAUAUGCCCAUUCAAAGUUUGACAUUUCAAUGGGUUGCUAUAGCGCCCCCCUUUGGCCAAUUGAUGUAAUAUUGCUUCAUUGGCAUCCUCCCAUGACCCUCUACCACUGUGCCAAAUUUCACAUGGAUUGACCAAGUCAGUGAGGAGAAAAACGUGGAACAGACACACACAGAGUUUUCCUCAUUAUAUAGUAAGAUAAAGUUAUGCUGUUCAGAUACUACAUUUAUCUCAAUGACACAGCAACCCAGUGCACACUAAAGUUUGUGUAACCAGUCCAACUGACUCUUUGCUAAUUCCCUCCCCUCAAAUGCAGACUGGCCAACUAUAACAUUGCAACAACCAGCUCUGACCAGGGUCCGACAACAACACAGCUGUGCUCCAUUGACUCUAAUGCAGUCGUUUCAGAUUUCCUUCAUUUUCAGGCUGGUGUUGUGGAUUUGGAGCUAAAUGUUGUGCCUGGGGCACGUCGUGUAUUAAUGUUAUUCGUUACCUGGAGAGGCUGGAAAAAGAUAACCGUUUCUUCCCUGUUCCAAAACCAAAAUCAAACCCUGAAAAGUGUAGGGUUAGCUAGCUAGCUACUGAAGAUAUAGCCUACUGAAUGUAUACACAUGCUGCUUUUGCUUUGUAAUGACAAUAGCAAUGAUCAAAACUUAGCGAGGGGUCAGUGGAUUGUUAAAUAACUCUGCAUUAACGUAGCAUCACAGCAUUCUGUUUUUAAUUGUUCUUUUACCAAAAUAAUACAGAAAAAAUUACGUAUUUUAAACAACAAUAAUAAUAAUGAUAAGAAUGUAGAGUUCACAGGUAUAAUGGAUGUUUCAUUUCACAUGGUGUUUGCACAGGGACUCAAACUGACUUAUUCAGCAGAUGGUUUUGUACCAAGUGAUAAAUAAAUGGGGUACAAUCUUUGUAAAUAAGUGUCUCAGUGCUCAAUGUUUGACUCCAGCAGGAUUGCACAGUUAAUCAAAAAUAUGUUCCAAAUUGCAAUAUGGCCAAGUGCACUAUACAAUUUCAGGAGCUGCAAUUUUUUGAUAAAGUAAAAUGUGUCACAACACACCAUUUUAAAUGAAGCACUGUGGAGCGAAAGAGAUGUCCCGUCUACAAAUCAUAUUCAUGUACAGCAAAAAUGACCACUCUUGAAAAUUGCAACUUAUGUCACACUUGCAAAUCAUCGUCAAAAUAAAGGCAAUAUGAUUUUUUUUGUAGAUCGUGCACCCCUAGACAGAAGACGCACAAGGCUACAUGUGUGUGACAACACAACUGUGUUUAUUCUGCCUGAAGAAGAAAUGAAAAAGAGAAAUGUGCUCUUUUCUAUUUGUGAAAAGGAAGAACAGCUCAGCGGCUUCCACUUGUAAUUAAAUUCUAUAACUAAUGAUACCAAUUCAGCUAAAUAAAGAGUUACACUGUUUUCAGCAUUGCUCCUAAAAAUAAAAGAAAUGUUUGGAGGGCACUUUGUGAUCUUUGCCAUUUUGGUUUUGUUAUUAAACAGGCUUCUACCAAAACUUCCUAACUGAUAUUGAAAGUUAUGUUGUAGUCCAGCAUUUAAACAUCUCAGUCUGGAUUUGUUUUCUCUUCCUGAAUUGUAGUGACAUUACAUUUAAUUGGAAAGCAACAGAAGUUCUGUCACGUCACUGCUCAUAUGAUGACUAAGUGACUUUCUCCCUCUUAACACAAUAGUUUUGGUCCAUGAGUGAUUUGUUCUCUGCUGUUUUACUAAUGUUAACAACCAGCUGUGUGGUCAGCUGUUGAAUAACUGAGGUGUUCAUGGUUGGCUAUACUACAAUAAUUCUUCGAUGCUGAAUUCCAAUAAAACUAUAUGAUCAGAAAAGAUGAAGUGACUGAUUUUCUCAUCUGUAGACUUCUGUCUCCUUUUUGUGGGUUUUGCUCCUGACUGCUGAGGUUAGUUCACUGUGAACAUUAAUACUUGUCAGUGUCACAGUUCACUCUUUUACAUUUGGGGCAUUUUGUUCACCAAUAGGCAACAGUUAAAGCAAAACAUACUUUCACACAUUUGUUUAAUGACUGGGACAAUUAUUAACACAUGUGUAACUCAGAGUGAUAGCUUAAUUAUUGGAGGAGAACCCACAGAGUGUUGGUGUAAAAUGGCUUCAGGUCCGUUAAUCAGCAUCACUUCCUUCAGGUGUGUUAGCCUCAGGUACAGACAGGAAGGCGCGCGGCCAACAGGUGAUUUGACUCAUCAGACACGGAGUGAGACUGUGACAGGGUGGACAGACAGAGACAAGCUGAGGCCGAGACACAGCCACAAACCUCCAGGAGGGUCAGUGUGUGUGUAAUAAGCCAGCCUGAUGAUGAUGCAGUGUGGGUGACAGGGGACAGCAGUCACCGGUGGUUGUAAACGAUUAAGUGUUGAUUUGAAGACCGAGGCUACUCCACGAGCACCUUCAUCAUUUCCUCCUCAUCCUCCAUGUGACUGGUGUCUCCCUGCUGACCGCUGAAGGCUCAGCUCCCUCCAUCUGGUCACCUCCGUGGAGCUCCACUGUCGUUGUCUCUACCUUAACCCCUCCUCCAUCCGUCCGUCAUGAAUCCCUACAGACACACAACACCACAUUCACCUUCUGACCCUUCUGAUAUUUCCCAUCAUCCCCCUCUGUCCGCAGCGUCACCUCCAGUCAUUCAGACAGGUCAGAGCUCUCUGAGAGUCGUGAGCUAUGACUCUCCUCACCAUCAGGCCUCAUCAGACCAUGAUGAAGGUCAAAACCUGGUCCCGUCACCAAAGUCAGACCGCUCCUCCUCGCCGCUUCCAGCCUCAGAUUCAGGCUCCAGCCUCAGUCCCCGGCCUCAGUCCGGCCUGUUUUCAAUCUCAUUUCCAGGUCGAAGUCCAUCUGCUGUCUCUGCUCACACACUGAACCCUUACCCUCCCCCCGGCCCUUCACCUGCCCCUCCCCCGGCCCCUUCAUCCACCCCUCCCCCGGCCCCUUCACCCGCCACUCCCCCCUCCUGCCAGGUCUCCAUCAUCAUCCCGUCGCCAGACCUCCAACCGUCUCCCCUCCCAUCUCUGUGCUCUGAGGACACCGGCCCGGACCUGGAGUGCUCCAUCUGCUUCAGCCAGUUCAACAACAUCUUCCGCUGUCCCAAGAUGCUUCAGUGCAAGCACACCUUCUGCCUGGAGUGCCUGGCACGCAUCAACGUCAAGUCGGCCGAGCCCAACGCCAUCCAGUGCCCGCUGUGCCGCGGCCUCACGCCUCUGCCCGCCCUCGGCCUUCCCAAACUGGCCACGAACUCAGACAUGCUGUCGUACCUGCCGGCCGCCAUGCAGAGAGUCUACAGCAUCCGCUUCCAGCGCAGCAAAGGGAAGCUGCAGGUCAAAAGCUCAUCUCAAGGUCAUCGGCGGUGGGGUCAGAGGUCGCUGACAUCUCUUCGGUCUGUGAACCGCUCUCUGGAUGUGGGGCUUCCCAGCCCGCCUGUCAUGGGUCCCAGCGAGGCCAGCGGCAUGGGUGGAGCUCUGUUCAGACUGACGGGCCGGCCGGCGUGCCGAGCCUUCCUCCUGACAUCCGUGGUGAUGAUGAUGGUGCUGCUGACAGGCAUCAUCAUCUUCCUCCUCACCUUCAAUGACAAGGGCAGUGAGUGACAUCACGUUACAUCAUAUCCUGUUUUCUUGAUUAUAUUUCUGUGGAGGGAAAAUGCACAAAAACUCAUUGAACAGUAAAAUUUAAUCUGAGUCCAGCUAAUGAGCAACAUCUGUCCCACUGCUGAGGUUAGAGGAUGAAAACUGAGCCAUCAAGUCACAGAGAGAUCAGGACUCACACCUGAGCCGAGGACGUGAGGAGCAGUGGACUUUAAUCUGCUUCAUACUGUUGAACUUGUGCCAGAGUUUCAAAUAAUCACAUAGAUGUCUGAAUCUAAGUCAGCAGCUGAGGUGGGAAGGUGUCUGUGAAUCUGAGAAACAGUGGACUUUAAUCUGCGUCACACUUCUGCCAAAAGCUUUAAAUGAUCAGCGAGCUGUAGCCAGACGAGUCACAAAAUGUCGGUCAGGUAACAGCAGAGGUGUGACAGCUGUGGAAACUGAGAAGCCGAGGACGUUAAUCUUCUCACAGCACUUAAAACUUUGACAAAAGCUCCACUCACCUCAGGCUUUGGGAAAAUAUGCACAUUUAUCACUUUUAAUGUCGUGAAUUUCAUGUUGCCAAAGGGCCAUCUGGAAAAACAAGAUGGCUGAUCUAAAGGUCAUUUGAUAGCAGACAAGAUAAGUUUGUAAUAAGACAAUAAAACAAUUGACUGACAGCAGGUUUAUUAUAACUUAUGUACAACAGCUCAAAGUCUCUGGUGGCUCCAGCUGCAAAUAAGAGCCCUAAACAAACAUCAAAUAUUUGAUUCCAGGGACUGAAACUUUAGGACAUAAAACAAUGUAUAAAAAAUAACAUGACACAAACCUGUCAC